GACAGGGGGAUAGUAUAGUGGAUAUCAGAAUAUAUGAUAUUCUGGUUGUGACUGUCUGAGGAGAUUUGCUGAGGAGAGCAAGGCAGAAAACCCAGAACUCCUGAGAUCAACCAGAUUGAGAAAGCAGGUUGCUACACUUUGUCAGCUGCUGAAUCUUGACCAGCAAGAGUUGGAGCAAGUUGCAAGGUUCAUGGGGCAUGACAUUAGGGUGCAUUGUGAUUUCUACAGACAGACUGAUAAAACACUUCAACUGUCAAGGAUCAGCAAGCUUCUCUUUGCAAUGGAGAAGGGCACUGAGACCAUCAAGGGCCAGAAUCUCAACACCCUUAACUUCUCACUUCCUGGUAGCAGUAAGGCACAAGAUCCACAGAAACAAAGAUCAGCAAAGCAGCCAAGCCAGAAUAAACCAGACAAUGUUGCAAUUACAGAAACAGAAGAUAAUGGUGACCGUGAUGAUGAUGAUGGCCCCUGCACCAGGGUUAAAAGGAAACUGAUAAAAGAUCCUGGUUUUGACUUACCAAAGACAAACAGACUGCAAAGAAGCAGGAAAAAAGAUGAUAAUGAAAGUACAGAAAUGGAUGAGGACAACGAUGGUGAUUACGGCUCCGUUACCACUAGUAAGCAGAGGAAGAGGAAGCUGAUGGAGCAGCCCAAGACUUCUGAAACCAAGAGGCGUGCAUGGAGUGAGGAGGAGCAGGCUGCAGUUUUUAAACAUUUAGCUGUAUUCCUUGAGCGGUUCCAGGUCCCAGGAAAAGCUGACUGUUUAAAAUGCACUCAGAAUGAAAGUGCCUUAAAAUAUAGAACGUGGAGAGAUGUGAAGUACUUUAUCCAUAACAAAAUUGUGAGUCGUGCUAAAAAAAAUCACUGAGUGCAUGUCAAGCCAAGGAAUCAUUUUUAUGUUCUGUUCAUGUCACUUGUUCUAUAUUGGUCGGUUGCAAAGCUGGAUGGAUGACACUGACAUUCAUGUUGUAAUGUUGGUUAUAAUUCAUGUUUAUGAACAGUUAUCAUCAUCAUGCAACAGUUAAGCUAAGCUAAGAAGUUUUAAU